AUGUCUCGGCAGUCUGCCUGUAAAAGCUUUGGAGGAGGGAGUAGAAGGGGCUACAGCUCUUGCUCUGCCAUUGGUGGUGGCUUUGGAGGAGGUGGCGGCAGCAGAAGCAGGAUCAGCUACAGCUCGUAUUCCUCAUCCAGAGGAGGAGGAGGUGGUGGACAGUGUGGAGGCUUCAGCAGCAGGAGCCUCCAUAACAUGGGUGGCAGCAGAGGGUUUGCUGCAGGCGGGUGUUACGGCAGUGCAGGCAGAAUGGGUGGCUAUGGUGGAGGAAUAGGUGGCAGAGGAAUGGGUGGAGGAGGAAUCGGUGGCUAUGGUGGAGGAAUAGGAGGAGGAGGAAUGGGUGGCUUUGGUGGAGGAAUGGGUGGUGGAGGAAUGGGUGGUGGAGGAAUGGGUGGCUUUGGUGGAGCAAUGGGUGGAGGAAUAGGAGGAGGAAUGGGAGGCUUCGGUGGUCCUGGCUUCCCUGGAGGCAUCCAACCAGUGCAUGUUGACUCGAGCCUCCUGAGGCCGGUCCACGUUGAGAUCGAUCCUCAGAUCCAGCAAGUGAAAAAUCAGGAGAAGGAGCAGAUCAAGACUCUUAACAACCAGUUUGCCUCCUUCAUUGACAAGGUGCGCUUCCUGGAGCAGCAGAACAAGGUUCUCUCCACCAAAUGGGAGCUCCUGCAGCAGCAAGGGCCCUCAGGACCCAGGAAGAACCUGGAUGUCAUCUUUGAGAACUACAUCCAGGGCCUAAGGAGGAGGUUGGAGUCUUAUGAGGAGCUGCAGACCACUGCUGGAAGGCACGGGGACAGCCUGCGCAACACCAAGAUCGAGAUCCAGGAGCUGACCAGGAACGUCCAGCGGCUGCGGACUGAAAUCGAGAAUGUGAAGAAGCAGAACCAGCAGCUGCAGGCAGCUAUUGCUGAGGCUGAGGAGAGGGGUGAGAUGGCUCUGAAGGAUGCCAGGGUGAAAUUGGAAGAGUUGGAAACUGCUCUGAGCAAGGACAAGGAGGAGCUGGCUCGCCUGCUGAAGGAGUACCAGGAGCUGCUGAACGUCAAGAUUGCCCUGGAUGUGGAGAUUGCCAUGUACAGGAAGCUGCUGGAGGGAGAGGAGAACAGGCUGUGCAACGAUGGGAUGUCCAACGUCAAUGUCUCUGUGGUAGGCAGGACCACCAUCUCUGGAGGAAGAGGAGGAAUGGGAGGAGGAUUUGGAGGCAGCGGAAUGGGAGGAGGAUUUGGAGGCAGCGGCAUGGGAGGAGGAUUCGGAGGCAGCAGCAUGGGAGGAGGAUUCGGAGGUGUAUGUGGCUCAGGAGGAGGCUUUGGAGGUGGAAGCUCUGGCGGCAGCUGUGGAAUGGGAGGAGGAAUGUACAGCGGAGGCUUCUCCUCUGGAAGCGGAAGGAUUUGCGGCUCUGGGGGUGGCAACUUCAGCUCCGGUGGUGGGGGAUCCUCCUCCAUACGGAGAUGCGUCACAACCACCUCCGUCAAGUCUUCAGGAGUGAGGUUCUGA